CUAUGGAAGCGCAUUUACGACAUGGAGACAAAGAAUCUCCGAUGAGCGCUCAACCGUCUCAGCAUGGCAGUGACUUAAACGAGUAUUACGAAAGUCUGCGAAACAAUGUGAUCACUCUUUUGGAACAUGUUCGCAUUCCACCGAUGAACGAUGGACAGUCUGAUAAACGAAUGGAAAGAGUCGGAAAUGAACACUUUGACAGUUAUUUAAGCAAAUUGCAGUCACUCUGCAGCUCUGCUGGUGAAAUUUCGCACCCCACUUAUUCUGUAAACGAACCUGGCAGGCCUUUGUACGAUCCUGUUAAAUUCAGCCUCCAAGAUUAUACUGUAUUGCCAACACCUAUCUAAAUGUUUCCCUUCCCUCUUUGCUGCCAAGCAUUUUGUACUAUAUAUUUAUGCAUCCCCUCUUUUAUAUCGCUAAAAUUUAAUUUUUUCAAAAUUUAUCCAUUCGAUGGGGAACUUAACGACUUUGAAAUUUUGCAAUGAUCUUACCCCCAAACCAUAAGAUUAUGUAAUGUACUCCAUAAAAAUUGUACUACAACAAAGGAUACACAAAUGAUAAUUUAUUGCAGAGAAGGGCAUACUUUUUGCUGUAUUGUACCUAUAGCAAGUCAACAGCCAUCUUGAGUUCUGUCCCAGUAGCCUAUAACUUUGUCUCUCAUAAGAAAAAAAAAGACUGCCCUUGGUUCGGAAGGAAUCUUCAAGGAGGUAACCUGCAGUCCUGACCUGCAAUCUUCAAACCAUCAAUACUCGGGGUUAACUUCACUAUUUUAGGCGUUACCAAUCCUGAAAUGUUCUUAAAACUUAUUAACAUUUAGAACACAUAACAUUUUAAAGUACGUAUGUUGGAAGCUGUAUUCUAAGCUGAAUGGUGUAAAAAUUGCAUGGCAAUGUUGAUGAUAGUGUAGUUUUGCAGCAUUGGCUCUAUGCAUUUCAGUAAGGAUUAAAUUCUAUGCUUUAGACACCAAUCUUCUCUAUUGUUUAUCAGCUCUAGCAAAGUAACCUGGCAAUGUUGCUGCCUAAAAGUAAUUAAUGUUUCGGCAGGUAAUAAUUCUCUUGCUUAUUAGCUUCAAUUCGAUUUACUGCAUUCUUUACUCGAUGCAAACUCACUAGAAGUCAGGUCAGUCAGUAUGACAGUUACAAAACUCCUGUUUUAAUUUCCUCUUGUGAUUUCAUUUUUUGGAAUUUUUUUUAAAAAUAUCUGAAUCCCCAAGGACCCAACAUAAACCAACAGGACCCACGUAAUACUUAUUAUUUCUCACACAGAAAAAUGUAAAUGAAUCAAAGUGAAUUCUCGAGGCAAGUGCUUAUUUGAACUCAAAUUAAUGCUCAAUGAAUGAAAGUCUCUGCUCAAUCUGCCUUCGAGUGCGUUUAAUUAUUAAACCCAUGGAAAAAUUUGAUUUAAUUCGUGGACACUUAUGGAAAUAAGAAAUACGUUGCUUGACUUGAAUAUUGAAUGAUCUCGUAAUGCUCCCCUGAUAUUUUUUUCAUUUUUAAGUAUUCACCUUUAGUCUGUCUGUCUGUAAGUAUGUAUCAUUAUAGUCUAAUUCUCAGAGAAUCCGAUUAUGAUUUGAGAGUAACAACAAUUUUAAAAGUUAGUGCUAUGGAUCAAGCCGUUAAAGUUUAUCAGUGUAAAUUACUCUCAUCAUUAAUGCAAUUGAUGUAUAACCCUAGGUGUAUUGUUCAUGUUAGUAUAAUUCUUCCUGUAAAUAGGGUAUUUUUGUACAAUACUUGUAAAUUAUGCAUACUGUUUCAAAUUAUUUUUGACUGAUCUUUUUCGAGAUCUUAUAUUUGUGAUAUCCGAAAGAAAUUUUUAUCAAAAUUGCUGAAAUAUCACAAACAUUUUGAAAAAUUGUAUGUCCUUCCUAAAUUUUUAAAUACAUAGACGGAUUCAUUUGUUACUUAUUGUUUUGUGCCGAAAAUCUUCUCUUUAAUGUUAUAUUAUGCCUGUUUAGUUUCAUUCUCUUUUUGUUCUUUUUUUUUCAAUAUUAUUUGUUCCUUGUUCAUUGUUUUUUAUCCUUGUUUUUUCAUCAUCGUAUUUAAAUUCAUUGCUCUUUGAUUUUUACCUAAUCAUUAAGUUUUUAUUUCUAAUGUUUCAUGUAUCAUACUGUGUUAUUUUCUAAAAAAGGAAAAAAAAAUCACAUAGAUCAUCUUUACAGCCAUUAUGGAUAAAACUGAAAUUCAAUUAAAUUCCUUUUUAUGUGCAAACAUACA